AUGUAUGCUCGUGGAGGCUCCAACGAGGCUUAUCAGCUAUCGCCCGCUAUACAUGCUGCAGAGAGACGUUUGACGCCUCAUUCACCUUACAAGAUGGAUGUCAGGAGAAACUCUGACGUGUCGGCGCUCUCGCUCUCGUCGUCUUUCAGCUCUUAUUCUUCUGACUUUUCGGUCCCGCCAACGCCAAUCUGCGCUCGUAGCCCUCUUACAACAGAGAGUUUCGAUGCCAAUGCCUUCGACUUGAGCCAUCACCAGUCGCUCAACAGACUUCCCUUGGACUUCCAGCAGAAGCAAUCCGGUUUUGACGAUUCUUGGUCCUCGUUCGAUGCUUCAUGCAACAUGGGCCAAAACAUGCCGAUGCGCAAUUUUGAGACAUUCGCCUCGCAUGGGAAUUACUUGCAUUCACCAGGACCAACAUACGUUGGCCUAGAGGCUACAUCUGCUAUUCCAUGGUGUACGCCUACAUCCAGCACAUCCUACCCCACAUAUGAGGGUCAUAUGAGCAUGGAUGGACUGGACGUCGACCAUAAUACGACCAUGCAUUCUAUGUGGAACAUGCAGCUUCAACAGAUGCAAGCAGUAUCUGCCUCGAACACAAUUGUACCACAGGAGGCUAUGUUAGAGGGAGAGAUUGUUCGUGUCGACACACCGGAUAUCAGCAUGGAGCCUUACGAUGAUAUGGACGGACCACUUCCUCCUUCUCCGCAGCAAGUUGUCUUCAAGCAUGAGUCGAGCCCAAGCUGCAUCAAAUCUGAGGGUGAAUUUUCCGAUGACUGUUCGAGGAUGAAGAGGUCGAUCCGUGAGACAAGGACAGGUGGAAAAUCGAUCAAACGGGAAAAGCGCCAUGGCAAGGUGACGAAGCCAAAGGGCAAAGACAAGCCAUUCAUCACAAAGCUGUGGGAUGGUGAGAUCAAGUUUGACCGCAAGUACACUCAAGAUCCGGACAGCGGCAAGUUUCGAUACGCCGACGAGGAGCCGCGCCCAAAGUUCCAGUGUAAAUAUCCUUUUGACGAUGAUGAUGCAAGCAUACCAUCGAACCAUCCAGACAUAUGUGGCAAGAUGUUCCAACGUACGGAACACCGUCAGCGCCACAGAAAGACCCACAGCCCUAGCAAAGAAUUUCCAUGUCUGCUCUGCGAUAAGAACUUCAAUCGCAACGACAACUGCUGGGCUCAUGGCUUUACCCAUGUACAUCGGCCUGGAAAGAAAGAUGGUCGCAACAAGAAGUUUUCGCUUAGGCAGGUCAUAUCAGUGUUGACAGACCCCAAGCACAUUGAUAAACUGCUCAAAGAUUGGAAGAAAGAAGUUGGGAAAGACUAUGUCGCAGAAGACGACGAAGACGAUAAUGAGGAGUUCAUGGACCAUGUUCACACAUGGAACCCGGAUCGUAGUUUCCGUUACAUCCCAGAGGAUGCUAUCGAGAAGAUUCGCGCUCACCGAAUGCCUCCUAAUGUAUGGGUAUCAACACAACGCUCACCUUGUCACAUUUGCUUCAUGAUCCCUAACCAAUCUGAUCCGAGCCAGUCACUGCCUAGCAGCGGAAUGGGCAGUAUGAAAGGGCCGUGCAUCGGAGUUGCAGCAGAAGCAAACCUAGACUUGGAGGUACAUCACCGCUCGCAAGCUCGUAUGGCUGGGAAUGGCCCCACCGAUGCCCCUAAUUCACAUACAUCAAUUGGAAUGGCACGCAUCGCUACAGUAGUCAUGGCCAAUCGAUAUUUUCGUUAUCCAGCCACAUGA